AGGGGGAGGCCAGAGACAGAGUUGGGGCAAAUUUCUAAGGAUAAAAAAAUUACGGGGUCAUUUUAAAAUUUUCUGUAAAUUUGGACCGGGGACAUUGUGGGGCCUUACUUUGGGUUUGAUCGGAGGAGGAGUGGAGUGGGCUACCGCACAAAUGGAAGCGGGUUCCUUGGCGAGGUCUGGGCUGCGGGAGCCGGAGGAUCAACCACCGGCGGUGGAUCUAACAGGCGGCGUUCACCUGCUUCCCUGCACCGUCAAGUACGAUGGCCCUUGCUCCGUCUCCGACUACUUCAAGCCCAAGCUCGCAGGGAUGGAGGUGGACGGGCUUACCGUGGAGGAAGCCCAUUUCAGGGGAAGGAAGUUGCAGGGUGCCUCCAUUUCCUUUCCCCAUGGAUAUUCCGGUUUGGUCAUAAGUAAGAGGACCUCCGAUAAAACGAGUGCUUCAGGUAGUUCUGAAGAAAACCGGAACUUAUGGGAGAUCAAAGCCAAGUUUGAAAGAAUGACCUAUUGGAAUCAUGACAGCGUGCCCUCGAAGGAUGAUCCAAUCUCGCGCUCUUUGCAUUGGCUCCCACUUGCAGAAGUGCUUCACAAGCCAGUAACGCCUGAAGAAUUGGCUUCCUCAUCUAUAAUGGAGAAGAACCAAAACGAUUAAGACUGACUUCAAGCGCACAAACUAAAUGAAUUCACGCCAGUGUACUUAUGGUUGCGAAGGUAAUUCUGUCGGAUAGUAGGGUGUAAAGUAUGGCUCAAGCACUUUCCUCAUGUCUCAGCUGAAUAUUCCUGGGCUGAGUUCACGGGAAGAUUAUCAAGUGUUCCCUGUCGGAUCAAUUGCAUAUGCAUUUUAAGUAGUAGGCUUGUGGGACGCGAAACUGUACUCUCGACUGAAGCUAGACAUCCUAUUUUGAAUCUGGAACCUAUGGCCCCUUUCUUUUCACUAAUUUCGGAAUUUUUAGGUUGGGGAUGGUUCGCCUUGCUUUGACCAUCAUCGAUCAGGUCAGAGGAUCAUCUUUCUUUCAAUGUGACAUUUGCCCAACGUCUGACUUUAAUGUUAAAAAUUAUUAGAUGAUCCUAAUCA